AUGGUUCGCGUCACUGAGGAGCUGGCUCUUUCGCCAGAGCAUGUCACUCUUUACCACACCACCGACCCUCUACUUGGGCACCUCCCCGUCUUGAUACUUCACGGGCCCUCGACCACGGCAAACUACACUUUCAACAGCUCCCGGGUCCAGUUGCACAUAUACAGUCCCGCCGGUUUUCAGUCCUUUCCACGAGUUACCAUCUCGCCCAACUCGCCCUUUUACAAUGUCGUCAACCAUCUGCCGCGGGAGUUCCAGGGUGACGAGAUCACGCGCGCCUUAGCCUUUGGACUGUUCAAGUACUUCCACGAGCUACCCGAGACGGUCAAGGCCCAUCUCAGACAUCAGUACCCUACCACGAGAGGUCGGCGGCCCGGUUCCGCACCGACUCUGUUCGGCGAGCAGCAUGCGGCCGAACUUGCGAAGAACAUGGCCAGAUCGGAGGUGUCGGCAGAGAUUGUACAAAAGCUGCAGAUGGCUCUGCAGACGCAGCAUAUCAGCAAUGUCGACAUCGACCUAGUGCUGCCUCCCGGCUCCAUCACCCCGCUGCAAUUCGAGGAUCUCGACGUGCUCGAAGACGAAGACGACAUUAUGGACCCUAGCUUGCGACAAUACGGAGUGUACACUCCCCUGGUGAAGCUAUUCGGGGAGGCCAUGUUCUUGCCCACCUCGCGUUUGCGCCGAGCCCCCUCGAAGCCGACCGCGUUGAACAGACAAAAGUCAUUCACCAAGGACCAGAAGUUGGAAUUACGUCGCAAGCUGGCCGAGUUGGUAGAUACGGAGGAGCGCUAUGUAAUGAAGAUGAACGAGCUAGUUCAGCAUAUCGCAGACGACUACCGACAGAAAGCCAAAACGCGAGCCGCAAACAGCUUCAGCCCGUCCAUGGAAGACGUCGAGAAGCUGUUCCCAAGAUCGUCCGAAAAGAUCCUCGAAGUCAACACGGCUUUCAUGCAGGAACUGCGCAAGAUUAUGGAUGAGACCGAGGAGGACGCUAUGAAGGAUAUGGACACUACGAUGCCGUCUGCCCGGAUAGCAGGUCCGACCAGCGUCCCCGGAAAGCCCAAAGACCCUAGUGGCACCUUUGCCGUGGCCAAAGUCAUGUUGGAAUGGUUUCCGCAGUUCACCGAGUGCUACCAAGAUUACAUACGGGCCAGCCAGAACUUCCCACAGCUGAUUACCUCCUUUAUCGAUCAGCAAUCAAGUUUCUCUCAGCGUGUGGCCGUCACUGGAGAGCAACAUCUUCGAUCGACCGUCAUUGAGCCUGUUCAGCGUCUUCCGCGGUACAGCCUGGUCAUUGACCAGAUCGUCAGCUGCUUGCCAAUAACGCAUCCCGCUCUGCAGCCAAUGCUGAAAGCUAGGGAUAUCAUCGCCAACAUCUGCUCCAUGGACGAUCCUCUCGCCGACAAACCCCAUGUCAGCACGCGAUUGCGCAACAUGAUAGAAAGCUGGCCCAGUGAUUUGGAGCCCAAGGGACGUUUCAUUUUAGCUACCGACUUUUCUGAGCUUCCAGCACCAUAUGAGACAGAUGCUCCCCUUGACAUCAACACCGACGACCGAUCAGGCAUAUUCUUGCUGUUCUCCGACUGCAUGGUGAUUGUCAAGAAGAUUUAUGGUUACAAUAUGACAGCCCGCGACCUUCUACGAGAGAUUGAUAAGCCGUCAGCAGCUGGACUUUUGGCAUCCAUGACAAAUGCAGCCGGAGGUCAAGGGACGUACGAACUUGGAUUUGCCGGUUGGCACGACCUGGCAAACAUCAGGUUCACCGAGUCGGCCGAUGGCCGUAUGGUAUGGAUGACAUCGUCAAAGGAAAUGUCCGGAGCUCACGCCGGAGAAUACGUCACCAGCACUGGAAUCACCUCGCGGUGUUUUGUCCUACAAGAAGCAUAUGAGGGCAAGGCUGCGAAGUGGAGUGAGGACAUCGCAAAAGCUCGCGUAGAGGGUCGCUUUGCAGAAACUGAGAGAGAAGAUCCGCAAUGGUCUCUGCGAUCCGUGCGAAUGCCUGAUACUGGCCUUGGGCUUUACGCCGCUGUUUUUCAAGAAGGCCUUGACCAGCUAGUCGAGGGCCGUAAAGAGCCUGCGCCGAUUCGUAUCGUGGUCGAUCACGAAAAGGGCACGAAGGGCUCUCCAGUUGGGCAUUAUGGCGUGGAAAUCGUCUCCGACGUUAAAUCCAGCGACAUGAAGAAGAUCGUGUUGGUCACUGCAGGUCUAACGGGCAAGAAGUCUACUGACGAGGUUGACCUAGAAGACUUCUUGCCCACCCUGGUUAGAAGGAUUAUCCAGUUGUUGAGCACUCAAUUCAACGUCUCUAAUCCUCACGUCACCACUGCUCUGGUAUCUUUUCACACGAAGAUACUGCGGGGACUGAACCUUUCCCAUCGUAUCGAGAAGUCCAGGUCUUUCUUGGCGAGUUCGCCAGUCAAGAUGCUCACAAGCUUCUUGGGCGGUGGCAGCGUCAAUGCUGACACUUUCAACUCUACCAAACAGCAGUCGCAGCAGCAGCAGCGUCCACCCGUUUCUGGGCUCUUUCCUUCGCCUCUCAGCAGGUCGAACAGCUCCAUCAAAGACUCGGCUUCUUUGUAUGGGUCAGCAAGGAGCCGAGACGGCAUUAAAGUAGGAGGGGACGAUGACCGACCGGAAAAUCCUCUUGUUCGCCUCGAGCAAACCUUCACGGGCUAUGUGGCUAGUCUCCACGCUCGUAAAGGCAACUUUAUUGGCCACACGAUACUCAAUCGCGCAGCUGUUGACGAGCUGUCUGUCAACGAUCUAUACAACAAGCUCAUCGAGAGUCCAUUCGACAUUGACACCUCCCCAGAGAUCAAUGCAGACGUGGUGUUUGUUGCUUUUGAGAAGUUUGUGAGGAUUGCCUGGCGCGAGCAGAUGGGUGCAAUUAUGACCCUGAAGUCGCUAGAUGCACUUCAGGAACGUGCAUCAAAAAGAGUACCAGGUGAUUUCGCAGACUUCGUACGCUUUCUCUUUGCAGAUAUGGCGCCCCAGAAUCGCCGAGCGUUUACCGCCUUGAUCAAGCUUUUGGCUGAACUGCUGGAUGGCUGCGGUAAUGAUGGCGACAGAGGUGCAUUGACACUGGCUUUUGCAGAACUCCUAGUCGAUGAUGGCUCCGCGCAUAAUUACAUCAACCUCUUGGAUAGACUAGUCGAAGAUUGCGACAGGAUAUUCGACAGUGGGCCAGGGGAGUUUGAUCCGGGCCCUGCGCCUGCCGGAUCUGCAUACGAGUCUCUGAACUCCACCACUCGCAGUAUGAAGUCGCACACCGGUUCCCUAACUUCCAACACUUCAUCGCUUAGAAGGAAACUAGGCUUCGACAAUUUGUUGCGUCAGAACAGCAAGAACGAGGACCGUCCGUCUGUCUGGCGGACCCUCAGCAAGCAUAGCAGGAAUCCUGUCACGGGUGAGAGCUCGAGCUUGUCCAAGGCAUCUGUUGGCAGAGCAAGGUCUAUAGAUUCGGGCACCGGACCUCAUAAGCUGCUGAAACGGCCUGGUUCGCGUGAUAGACCUCCGAUAGCCGGCGCCUUUGACGACUCGUUUGCACGCCCUACUAGCUCGCAUCGCCUGGAAACUAUCGGAGAGCCAGAUGGAGAGGAUGCAACUGCAAAGACCCCUAGGAGGAAGCGGCGCAGCUCCUUGUCGGAUCUGAAGAGUCUCAUGGCAGCGACAAGUCUGCAUGACGAUGAAGAACCUUUACAGCCUUUGUCUCACAUGAAAGAGACAUCACAGAAGUUCAACUCGGGUCCAAGACUUCCAUCACCUUCCAGGAUACCGAUUAGCCCACCCUCUCCCAGCCGUAGCGGCCGACAGAAAGAAAACAUUUCUUUUGUCGACCCUUUUCAAGGCACGCCGAUUGUAUCUUCACCACAAACACCCAGGUCGCCCUUGAAGGGGCAUAGCAAGGGUCUCUCAACGUCUAGCAUCCCAACUCUGCGAGCGUUCAGAAGUGCACCGCCUACUACUGAUUCGCCUGCACGACCAACAACACCCGCCCGGCCCACGACGAGCGCUGGCAAGAACCACACGGGCAGACUACGACUGCAAUCACCCCAAAAGCUCCGCGAGCGUUUACAGACGGAGAAGCAAGCUGCCGAAGAGGUUGAUGCCAGCUUGCAGUCUGAGCUCUCCAAGAUAGCAGCUGACAUGGCUCGUAUGAACUCUUCAUUGCCACGGUCAAACACCGUAGAUCUCAGGAAGUUGGCUUCAAAUGUUUCUGCCCUCGAAUCGCGCAUACCGACUUUGAUUCAAGAUCUCACCAGCCGCCAUGAAGCAUUGCAGCGGGAUAUGGAGAACACCCUGAAAGCUACAGAGGCGAAGGUCAAGGCCAUCGACCAGUUGUACAAGGAAAGCACGGCCGAGAACGAGCUUCUCUAUGAGAAGUUCAAUAGCGAACUUACCAAGAUCGUGCGUGCCUUGAAGGGCAAGAGUGCCGAAAAGGAGGACCUGAUGACAAAGGUCAAGGAGUCCAGUGAGGAAACAGCAAGAGUUAAGAAGGAGAACGCGCGGCUGAAGCGUGAAAUGGCUAGUUUGAGAGCUAUGGUCAAGGGCGCCGCAGCUGAUGCUGCUUAG